AUGUCUUUGAGAGUUGUUCCAGAAGAUACCAAUCGGUCCGUGGUUAACAGUGCUGAACUUGGCACUCCAGCUGAACAUACUCCAGCUUUACAUGAUGUUUUGAAAUCAGGAAAUGGACCAGUUAAUGUGGCAAGUAUGAUCAACAACAGACACCCUUUAGAAUCACGGAUUCAAAAUUGGGAUCGUAACCAACAAGAUUUCAAAAUGGAAAUGUAUCGUAGAACAUUUGGUGCAGGUGAACCUAUUAAGAGAUCAAUGGAAUUAGCUAUAGUUGAUGCUACUGAAUUUCGUCCACUGGUAUUAGGAAAUGGAACCACUAAUUGCAUACAUAAAGAGAUUUUAUUAAAUAAAGACUCUACUGUUGAUUGGGAAGAUGUUUAUACUGGAGGUUUAGAAUCUGGAUUUGUACCCAAAGAUUUCCAUUCAGAAAUGGAGAAACGUAUGGGGAUCUAA